GCAUACAUUAUAAUUGUUUCAAACACUCUUUCUUUCUUAAGCAAGUAGGAAAAAAGUAAAGGAUCCUUCAGGGUCAUACUUUUAGCCAUGAAAUAGGAAAACUCAUUUAAAACUUCUGUCCUGUUGAGUAACCUCUAGUACUUAGUAUUCAUGAACAUUAAAAUAUGUGUUAAUUUGGAAAACACCUAAUAACAUGUAUAUUGAUGAAGGCCUGUAUGUCAUGGUAGGUAACUACUAUUCUCUACCAUAAAAAUGUCACCUGCCUUUAAAAACAGAACACAAGGCCCACUGGAUGGAUGACUUGGCAGAGUGUGGAAAAUGCUGGAUUCUGGUUUUCUUAAACUAUGUAGGACUUGUACAUUUGUAACAGAUUACAUAACAUAAUAGGCUUAAAGAUAAAAUUCUUGCUCAUCUUGAGGGCUCAUCUUAAAAUUAGAGUUAAUUAAACUAUCUCAGAUUUUCUUCAAAAUAAUGGUGGAGUGCGAUAUAUAUUAAACAAAGAUGACCUUCUGUUGAUGAUUGUUGCAGUUGGGUGAUGGGUAUAUGGAGAUUCAAUAAUAAUACUCCCUAGUUUUGUAUGUUUGAAAUUUUCCAUAGUAAAUUUCUUGAAAACACUAAGUAUAUAGGCAUUCGCUGUAAUACUAUGGUAAAACUCAAAUUUGGGGCUAUUAUAUAACUGCAUUUUCGAAGAGCAAUAUAUAUAUUCUGUAUAUAUAUUCUGGAGAUAAAUUGGAUUCAAGACGAAAAUGUCAGACUGCAGUUCCACACGGGGCCUCCGGGCGCCGCUGUCGGCCAGUGCAGGGCAAGCCCUGACGCCCGGGAUUCCUCAGCCUCUAGCCUCAGAUUUCCUGCGCAGCCACCAGCACAGAGAGAAGGAAACGCGCUCACACACUGAGGCUCCCGGCUGCGCAGACUGCCCAGAAUACAAGGAUUUCCAGCUCCGCCUGUCCUGGGCUGAAUGCUCUUCCAUUGAGGCCGUGGAUUGCAGUUUCUUCAGCUUUCCAGAAAGACGGGGGCCGAGCGAGAACUAAAGCACGCAAUGAGAGGGAGCUGCGCGCAGAGGCGCCCGGCCGGCCGGCGGCAGGUACUAUUUCCCUUCCUGCUGCCUUUGUUCUACCCCGCGCUUUGCGAACCGAUCCGCUACUCGAUUCCCGAGGAGCUGGCCAAGGGCUCGGUGGUGGGGAACCUCGCCAAGGAUCUAGGGCUCAGUGUCCUGGAUGUGUCGGCUCGGAAGCUGCGAGUUAGCGCAGAGAAGCUGCUUUUCAACGUAGACGCGGAGAGCGGGGACUUACUUGUGAAGGACCGAAUAGACCGUGAGCAGAUAUGCAAAGAGAGAAGAAUAUGUGAGCUGAAGUUGGAAGCCGUGGUGGAAAAUCCUUUAAAUAUUUUUCAUAUCAUUGUGGUUGUUGAGGAUAUUAAUGACCACGCCCCUCAAUUCGAUAAAAAGGAAGUACAUUUAGAAAUUUUUGAAUCUGUAUCCGCAGGUGCACGAAUAUCCCUUGACCCUGCCACUGACCCUGAUAUAAACAUGAACUCAAUUAAAGAUUAUGAGAUAAAUCCUAACCCUUAUUUCUCAUUAAAGGUUAGAGUUAAUUCCGAUGGUGGCAAAUACCCGGAGUUAUCUUUGGAGAAACCCUUAGACCGGGAAAAGCAGCGAUCUCAUCGCUUGAUAUUGACUGCUUUGGACGGAGGGGACCCGCCACGAAGUGCUACCGUUCGAAUAGAAAUCUUUGUCAGGGACACCAACGAUAACCCCCCCGUGUUCAGCAAAGACGAAUAUAGAAUCACUGUUAGUGAAAAUCUGCCCCCCGGGUCCUCCGUGUUGCAGGUGACAGCCACUGACCAGGACGAGGGGGUCAAUGCCGAAAUAAACUACUACUUCAGGAGCACGGCUCAGAGUACAAGACACAUGUUCUCAUUGGAUGAGAAAACAGGUAUGAUUAAGAAUAACCAGUCAUUGGAUUUUGAGGAUACAGAAAGAUACACCAUGGAAGUAGAAGCAAAGGAUGGAGGUGGUCUCUCUACCCAAUGCAAAGUAAUCAUAGAAAUCUUAGACGAAAACGACAACAGCCCAGAAAUAAUCAUCACUUCUCUCUCUGAUGAGAUUUUGGAGGAUUCUCUUCCAGGAAUGGUUGUUGCUCUCUUCAAAACAAGGGACCGAGAUUUCGGAGGAAAUGGAGAAGUCACGUGUAAUUUAGGAAAAGAUGUUCCUUUCAAAAUUUCUUCUUCUAAUAAUAAUUACUACAGGCUGGUUACAGAUGGGGCCUUGGACCGAGAGCAGACUCCGGAAUACAACGUGACCAUCACAGCCACUGACAGGGGGAAGCCGCCCCUAUCCUCCAGCACUACCAUCACUCUGCACAUCACCGACAUUAACGACAAUGCUCCGGUUUUCCACCAGGCCUCCUACGUGGUCCACGUGGCGGAGAACAACCCUCCCGGCGCCUCCAUAGCGCAAGUCAGCGCCUCCGACCCCGACCUGGGACCCAAUGGCCGUGUCUCCUACUCCAUUUUGGCCAGCGACCUGGAGCCGAGGGCGCUGUCGUCCUACGUGUCGGUGAGCGCGCAGAGCGGGGUGGUGUUCGCGCAGCGCGCCUUCGACCACGCCAGCGAGCCUGGACUCUUCAGCCUGGGGCUGCGCACGGGCGAGGUGCGCACGGCGCGUGCUUUGGGCGACAAGGACUCGGCCAGACAGCGCCUGCUGGUCGCCGUGCGUGACGGAGGACAGCCGCCACUUUCGGCCACCGCCACGCUGCACCUAGUUUUCGCUGACAGCCUACAAGAGGCUGAGCUGCAGUUUUAUCUGGUGGUGGCCUUGGCUUUGAUCUCCGUGCUCUUUCUUCUGGCGGUGAUUCUGGCCAUUACGCUGCACCUUCGUCGCUCCUCCAGCCCCGCUGCCUGGGGCUGCUUUCAGCCUGGUCUCUGUGUCAAGUCUGGACCUGUGGUUCCCCCCAACUACAGUGAAGGGACUUUACCUUAUUCCUACAAUUUAGUGGGAAUGAUUUGA